UUGCAGGCAAAUGCCAUUGGCCGCAGUGCAAAAACUGUUCGUGAAUUUUUAGAGAAGCACUACACAGAUGAAGUAGCAGAUUCUGAUGAUGAGACAAUUAAACUAGCCAUUAAAGCUUUACUUGAGGUGGUGCAAUCAGGAGGGAAGAAUAUUGAACUUGCUGUAAUGAGGAAAGGAGAAACUCUAAAGAUAUUGCAACCAGAUGAGGUAGAUAAAUUUGUGGAAGUUAUUGAGAAAGAAAAAGAAGCAGAGGCUGAAAAGAAGAAGAAAGAAAAAGCCACAGGAUCUGCCAAAUAAAACUCUGUGAACCGUUUCUCUCACUAAUCUUGAACUCUGCCAACCUGACCUCGUUUUCGUCAUUUUUGUACUUAACUCUUGUUGCUAGUAAUGAAGGCACCAUGUGUUAUAAAUAACCCGUGAAAAAAAUCACAGUACUUGUCAAUCAAUCAAGGUGUCAACACUCAAAGCUUUUCAUUCACUGUGAAGUGAUGCUGUGGCUUGAUACGAUGAUGCAGGUUUGCAUUUUAGUUAAAAUCUUCAAACACGCACAUGGACUGGAAGCGUGUUGCUCAAGCUUACAAUGUAGCUCGAAUUCCUUUUCAAUGUUGUAAAGCACUUUAGGACGAAAUUUCUGAGAAAUUGUCAAUACAUCAUAAAACUAGUCAUU